AUUUUACGCAUUUUUGAUAGAAUUAUUUACUUGUACAUCCUUGUGCCGUUACGUUUCGGAAACUCACCUAAACUAUGCUAUAGCGAUUUGUCUGCUACAAAGAAACAGUUUACUAAAUAACAAAACUACUUAGGCAUCCCUGGAUUAAUACAGGUAUUAGAAAGUGCACCGUACACAAGCGACACCUGAAACUGUACUGCCUGUUGCGUCAGAGACACGCGUGAUCUGCGUGUCCUGGAUGUUUGCUGUCGGUAAAGGAAAUCAGCUGUUUAGAGUUUCCGAAACUGUGUUCCACGGUUUGACUUCAGUUUGUAUACGAAAAGCAAUGGAUUACGCAAAGUUCGCUUUGCCAUCACGAUAUCACGGAUCAGAAAAAAGCGUUUGGGUCGAAUAUAUACAGCUUGCACUUGAGCACAAACCACUGAACCUAGGACAAGGUUUUCCAGAUUUCGCCGCCCCAGACUAUGUGACGAAAGCUUUAUCAGAUGCAGCUCUAAGUGACAAUGUAUUAUUAAACCAGUACACAAGAGGAUUUGGACAUCCACGUCUAAUAAGUGCUCUCAGCAGACUGUAUUCAAAGUUAAUUGGAAGAAGUAUUGAUGCUCAGAGUGAAAUUCUUGUUACCUGUGGAGCAUACGAAGCAUUGUUUGCUUCUAUACUUGGCCACACAAACCCUGGUGAUGAAGUUAUAAUUAUUGAACCAUAUUUUGACUGCUAUGUGCCAAUGGUGCGUGCAGGAGGUGGUGUACCACGCUUCAUUCCUCUUAGGCCGAAAAAAGCUGAGGGUACAGUCAGCUCCUCUGAUUGGGUGCUGGAUGAAAAAGAACUGGAGGGCCUGUUCAAUAGCAAAACUAAAGCAAUAAUAUUAAACACUCCUAAUAACCCUGUUGGAAAGGUCUUCAAUCAGAGAGAACUGGAACUUAUUGCCCAACUGUGCAAGAAAUGGAAUGUUUUAUGCAUUUCUGAUGAAGUUUAUGAGUGGCUUGUCUACAAACCAAAUAAACAUAUACGAAUUGCAUCACUUCCGGGUAUGUGGGAACGAACAAUUACUAUUGGUUCAGCUGGAAAAACUUUUAGCGUUACUGGCUGGAAAAUUGGAUGGGCAUAUGGUCCAGCCCCACUUAUGAAAAAUCUCCAAGCAGUCCAUCAGAACAGUGUAUACACUUGCUCAACACCACUGCAGGAAGCAGUAGCAAAAGGAUUUGAAAUAGAAAUUGAACGAAUGGGAUCACCUGAGUGUUACUUUGAAAGUCUUGCUGCUGAGCUUGUAGCAAAGAGAGACUAUAUGGCAAAGUUCCUGUCUGAAGUUGGUAUGAAUCCAACUAUUCCAGAAGGAGGAUACUUCAUGAUUGCUGACUGGUCACCCUUGGAGUCUAAAGUCAAUUUAAAUGAUGAAACUGAUAAAUAUAAGGAUUAUCGUUUCACCAAAUGGAUGACGAAAAAUGUUAAGCUUCAAGGAAUACCACCAUCUGCAUUCUAUUCUGAUGAACACAAGAACCUGGUUGAAAACUUUGUUCGUUACUGUUUCAUUAAGAAAGAUGAAAACCUGCAGAAAGCACAUACUAUUCUGAAAAACUGGAAGAAAUAGUAAUCCUGGUGAACUGAAACAUUAAUUUAAACUGCUUGCUCUUUGGAGUCAUGUCUAAAGUAAAUGCCUGACAGAGGCGAUGUUAUACCUGCUUGGUGCUGUCUCCUGUAAAUUGCAAUCUCUUUUUCUAUUUGUUCCUAUUAAAAAUUUAUAUUGUAAGAUAUACAUGUACUGAAAUAUGAAAAAGGAACAGAUAAAAAAUUCACUUGUAAGCGAAUAAAUUAUUUUAUGAUAAUAA